UUUAAUUUAAUUCACUUAUUUUCACUUUGGGUUUUAAUGUUUCUUAAGAAAUCAUCUGACUGGGGUAGGAGUCCCCGUUUCUUUUUUAUUGUCUUGUGGUUUGAACUAGGAAGUUUUCUGCUGUAAUUACCUUAAUCUUAUCUAACUGAAUUUUUUAUGUAGAUUUCCUAUCUGAUGUGUGAGAUUUAUUUGUUCAUAAUUACAAGCCUUUCUUACAUAAGAUACUUCUCUUCCUUCCUCAUCUUUACAUUCCUUCCCUGUGAAAGUUUAUUACUGUUGGGACCUUAAGCUAUUCCUUUCACCUUCAGGGUCUUUAUUACUCAAAUUUUAGUUUACUUCCUCUUAGAAUUAUAGUACUUCGGAGUAAAGAGAGCUCUUCUAUUAUCAAUUUGGGGAAAUGAGGAACCAAAGAAAGGAAGAAUUUUACUCAAUGUCGUGGCUUGUCAACAGCAGAGCAUGGGUAGGAUUCACUUGAACACCAGCACUCUAGAUGUCUGUACAAGUUAAGUGUCUUGGGAUCCCAGAUCUAUUUUUAAAAGAUGGCAAGGGGCUGGCCUCAGUGCGCUGCACUUUGGUGGCCCAGGUUCACGAGCCCGGAUCCUGGGCUUGGGCCUACACCACUUGCCAGCCAUGCUGUGGAAGUGACCCACAUACAAAGUAGAGGAAGAUUAGCACAGAUGUUAGCUCAGGGCAAAUCUUCCUCAUCAAAAAAAAAAAAAAAAAAGAUAGGCAAAGUUUGAGAUCUGCGGUGUCUGCUCUUAAGAAUGCGUUUAAUAAGUGUGUGAAGUCUUUCUCUCAUGAUACAUAGUAACAAAUUGCUCUUGUGCGAAACUGUACAUGGAGAAAAAUUUUGCAACCUAUAUUCACAUCGUUUACUUAAAAUUUUAUUUUUUGAAUUUCCUAGUUAUUGAUCUAGCAAGUCUUCAUUUUUUUCAUUUUUCUAUGAAGGUGUCAUUAAGUAAAAAUUGUUUCCCUCAUUUAAUGGACUAUCUGAAAUGUCCUUUUUUUUCAGUCAUAAGGUUUUUCUUUCUCUGCUUCCAUAUAAAGGGGAUGACAGUAAAUAUCUGUCUCAAUGUCGAAAGCACUCUCUGCCUGCUUGCUGACAAGUAUCUGGAUGUGUUUUCUGCAUGAGUGAUGAACCUAAGCCCUUCCCUGCACAGUCACUAUACUUAUUUUACCCCAAGAAUCUGUCACUGUAAAACGUUUAACUCCAACUUAGAUAUGGUAAUAGGAGAAUAUAAAUAAUACAUAGUUAACCGCACUUCAACUCUGUCUGAUAUAAUUUAGCCGCCAUAUUCUUAGUGUGAAAAUCUGGAAACUUUCUCAAAGACCUCACAAGUAACAAAAUGGCCCCCUUGUCUUUUAUGCAUGUGACAGCUAAUAUAAUUUGCAUGAAUCACUAGGCCUUAUUGAAAAGAUGUAUUGAGAGCUGUUUGUUUCCUUGGCAUUCUUAUGUACAAAUAAGCAUGUUUUCAUAAAUAUCCUAUUAAAAAGAUGAAAUCUCAAAACCUAGAAAAGUAAGAACUCCAAUGUUCUAAAUUAAAGGACUCAAUAUAGCUAAGAGGCAAAUAAAGGACAUAGGCUCAAUGGCACACUGAAUAAAACUUUUCUAAAGAAGUAAAAAGGAAUCUAAUAUAUUGAUCUCAGGGGUUUGUGGAAGCCCUUUGCUAUUUCAGAAUUAAAUCUUAAUUAAAUAUAAACAAUGUCGCACGGUAAUACAUUAAGGAUACAGAAAAAUUAUUAGAAAUAAAAUAUAAUUAAACAUUUAGGAAUAAAAACAGAAUUGGUGUAGUAACUGGUUAGGACUCUGAGCGUCGCUGUUCACCAAAGUGGGAAAGAAGCUGCUGCUGAUGCGACCGGACUCUGCUCCUCCCGCGCUAAACACACACAGAUCAGACAAGCUGCUGAGAAAAUUAGCCCAUCCGCGCCCCUCUUCCAUUUCAACCAGGAAAUGUGUGCCCCUUCGCUUUAAAGAAAUAAGGAAACAGCAGGCUGGAACCAGAACUAAGAGAAUACUGGUCGGAGAGAAGGCAAUGGCGGAACCACUGAGGGGUUGGGUCUGCAGAGAGCUGCUCCCGCUCUUCGUGCUCCUGGGGACACUGUGGGGAGCCGGGGCCGGGCAGAUCCGCUAUUCAGUGCCAGAGGAGCUGGACAAAGGCUCUUUCGUGGGCAACAUCGCCAAGGAUCUGGGGCUGGAGCCCCGGCAGUUGGCGGAGCACGGAGUCCGCAUCGUCUCCAGAGGAAGGACAAAGCUUUUCGCUCUAAACCCCGGAAGCGGCAGCUUGGUCACCGCGGACAGGAUAGACCGGGAGGAGCUCUGCGCUCAGAGCGCGCGGUGCCUGGUGAGUUUUAACAUCUUGGUUGAGAAUAAAAUGAAAAUUUAUGAAGUGCAAGUAGAAAUAAUCGAUAUUAAUGAUAACUUCCCGCGUUUCCGGGAUGAGGAAGUAAAAGUAAAAGUUAAUGAAAAUGCGGCUAGGGGAACUCGGUUAGUGCUUCCCUUCGCUCGAGAUGCGGAUGUGGGUGUGAAUUCCCUCCAGAGUUACCAGCUCAGCUCCAAUAUGCACUUCUCUCUGGAUGAGAAAAACGGAACCGAUGGACAAAAAUACCCGGAGCUGGUACUGGAACGGCCCUUAGACCGCGAGAAAGUUGCUGUUCACGACCUCCUCCUCACAGCUUUAGACGGCGGAGACCCCAUACUCUCUGGUACUACACACAUCCGCAUCAUGGUCCUUGACGCAAACGAUAACGCGCCCCUGUUCACGCAAUCGGAGUACAGAGUGAGUGUUCCAGAGAACAUACCUGUGGGCACUCGGCUGCUCACACUAACCGCCACGGAUCCAGAUGAGGGAAUAAACGGGAAACUGACCUACUCUUUUCGCAAUGAAGAAGACAAAAUUUCAGAGACUUUCCAACUUGAUUCCAACCUGGGUGAAAUCUCAACUGUGCAAUCACUGGAUUAUGAAGAAUUCAGAUUCUAUGUCAUGGAAGUGGUAGCUCAGGAUGGAGGUGCUCUUCUUGCCAGCGCUAAGGUGCUGGUCACAGUACAGGACGUGAAUGACAAUGUCCCGGAAGUGAUCCUCACUUCUCUCACCAGUUCCGUCCCUGAAGACUGUCUUCCUGGAACCGUAAUUGCGCUGUUUAGUGUACAUGAUGGCGAUUCCGGAGAGAAUGGAGAGAUUGCAUGUUCUAUUCCCAGGAACUUACCCUUUAAAUUGGAAAAGUCAGUUGGUAAUUACUAUCAUUUAUUGACAACGAGAGCCCUGGACAGAGAAGGGAUCUCAGAUUAUAACAUCACAGUAACUGUCAUUGACCGUGGAAACCCACCACUGUCUACAGAAAACCACAUCUCCCUGAAAGUGGCAGACAUCAAUGACAACCCUCCUAUCUUCCCUCAAACCCGCUACUCCACCUACAUCCCAGAAAACAACCCCAGAGGCAUCUCCAUCUUCUCUGUAACUGCCCAUGAUCCCGACAGUGGCAGCAAUGCCCAGGUCACCUACUCUCUGGCCAAGGACACAUUUCAGGAAAUGCCUUUGUCCUCCUAUGUUUCCAUCAACUCUGACACUGGUGUCCUCUAUGCACUGGGCUCUUUCGACUAUGAGCAGGUUGGAGACCUCCAGCUGUGGGUGAUUGCCAGUGACAGCGGAGACCCUCCACUUAGCAGCAAUGUGUCACUGAGCAUAUUUGUGCUAGACCAGAAUGACAACGUGCCGGAGAUCCUGUACCCCUCGCUCCCCACUGAUGGUUCCACAGGCGUGGAGCUGGCACCUCGCUCUGCAGAGCCUGGCUACCUAGUGACCAAGGUGGUAGCAGUGGACAGAGACUCAGGCCAGAAUGCCUGGCUGUCCUACCGCCUGCUCAAGGCCAGUGAGCCAGGGCUCUUCACGGUGGGGCUGCACACCGGUGAGGUACGCACAGCGCGGGCCCUUCUGGACAGAGAUGCACUCAAGCAGAGCCUGGUGGUAGCAGUCCAGGACCAUGGCCAGCCCCCUCUCUCAGCCACCGUCACGCUUACUGUCGCCAUUGCUGACAACAUCCCAGAUGUCCUCGCGGACCUGGGAAGCCUGGAGCCCUCAGCCAAUCCUGACAACUCCAGCCUCACCCUGUACUUGGUGGUGGCGGUGGCUGCUGUCUCCUGCGUCUUCCUCGCCUUUGUCAUCGUGCUGCUGGCGCUCAGACUGCGGCGCUGGCACAGGUCCCGCUUGCUCCAGGCUUCAGGAGGCGGGUUGGUGGGCGUGCCCGCCUCGCACUUUUUGGGCGUGGACGGGGUGCGCGCUUUCCUGCAGACCUAUUCCCACGAGGUCUCCCUCACUGCGGACUCGCGGAAGAGUCACCUGAUCUUCCCCCAGCCCAACUACGCGGACAUGCUCAUUAGCGAAGAGAGUUGUGAGAAAAGUGAGCCUCUUCUGAUACCUGAGAAGAUAAAUGCAAAUGAAGAAGAACUAGGCAUUGUUCAGGUGAGUUUUCUUUUUCAAUAAGGAUGCUUGAAGCAUUUUCUUCCUUUGUUUCCUCAAUCAUUUUUCUGCCACAUUCAAAAUCUGUUAAUUAUAUAAAUAGUGAAUCAUUGUUUGCUUCAUUUAGAGAUUAACUUGCUUUAAUAUGAUAAUUGAUGGUUUCUCCGUCUGCUUUCAAAUUAUAUUUUGGGUUUAAUGUCUUCUUUUUUAACACGUGGAUAUUUUAGAAAAUCUAGCUGAUAUCCAUAGACUUAAGUGAAACAACUACUUUAAAAGAAAAUGGUUAGGGGCCAGUCCCGUGGCCGAGUGGUUAAGUUCAUGUGCUCCGCUUUGGCGGC